AUGGAGCGAAAGAAUAAACCGGCCUCAAUCCCCCUCUCACCACACAUGGCGCAACCAAUUGUCGACGUAAGCGAUAACGUCCUCACUGCACGUCUCCCCAGUGGUGACUCUGUUACGGUCUAUCUCUACGGCGCCACCGUCACAUCUUGGAAGACUGCCGACGGACAAGAACGACUGUUCCUCUCCGAUGCCGCAGCCCUCGAUGGUUCCAAGCCCAUUCGCGGCGGGAUUCCACUUGUCUUUCCUGUCUUUGGCCCUCCCCCCAAGUCCCAUGCCACAGGUCAAUUACCUCAACAUGGUUUUGCGAGAAAUAGUUAUUGGGAAUUCUUGGGGAAGAGCAGUAGUGAGAGUCUGGGCCGCAGGGCCGAUGACAGUGUCAAGUUGGACUUUGGUCUGAGUAGUUCAAUGCUUGAUGAGGCCGUGCAGAAGAAGUGGCCAUAUGAAUUUGGUCUCGUGUACAGUGUGACCUUGGGCAAGGGGAAACUGGAAUGUCAAAUGUAUGUUCAGAACAAGGGGGAUCAACCAUUUGAGUUCCAGUGCCUCUUCCAUACAUACUUAGCCGUCAAGGACAUCAGCCAAACCGCCGUUACAGGUCUCCAAUCCUCGCCCUAUGUUGACAAAGUCCGCUCCGCACAGACCUUCACCGAAUCCUCUUCUUCCUUGUCCUUCACAUCCGAGACCGACCGAGUAUACACCCCACCCGCUCCAAAAGACAACACACUUGUUCCGCUCGUCGUGACGGAAGAUGGCGUAGAGACCUUUGUAGUGACUCGAGAUGCACUCCCUGAUGUGACCGUGUGGAAUGGUUGGGCCGACAAGAUCAAGGGCAUGGGUGACUUUGAACCCAAAGACGGCUGGAAGAGAUAUCUCUGCGUCGAACCGGGGACGGUGAGUUCAUGGACGAAACUCGAGGCUGGUGAUGCGUGGGAGGGUGGCUGUGCAUUUGAGAGUAAAUUGUGA